AUGGGGGUGAGGAUCAAAUUAGAUGGAAAAAUAAUUUCAGCUUCAAGUCAGCAUGGGAGGUUUGUAGAGAAAUUAAUCAACCAGUUUGCUGGUCUGGGCUGUGUUGGAGUGGGGGGAGACCUAUAUGAUGACGGAACUUACAACACGGUAAGGGAAGUAAUUAUAUACUUGGCCGGACCGGAAAUUGGAUCCAUCCAAAUUGUCUAUGAUGAUAGAGGAAGGCCAGUAUGGGGAAACAAGCAUGGUUUUUGCGGCAGACAAUCAUACAGGGUGAAAUUAAACUAUCCUGCCGAAUAUCUCGUUUCAAUAUCAGGGUAUUGUGGGUGCUAUCUUAAUACAUAUGUUGUUGUGAAAUCUCUUACAUUACACAAUAAUAUAAAACAAUAUGGACCAUAUGGUAAGGAAGAAGGAUGUUGUUUUAUGACCCCAUUAACUGCUGGCAAGAUUGUCGGAUUCUUUGGAAGGGUGGGCGAACGUUUGGAUUCAAUUGGGGUAUACAUUAAGCCAUUCCAAACUACAACACCUUGUGUUGGUCCAUUUGGAACUACGGAUGGACAACAAUGGGAUGUCGGAACUUAUCAUGCAUUUGGAACUACGGGUGGACAGCAGUGGGAUGAAGGAAUUAACCAUUCAUUUGAAACUACUAGUGGACAACAGUGGGAUGACGGAACUUACAAUGCAUUAGGAACUAUUGGUGGACAACAGUGGAAUGAUGGAACUUACAAUACUAUUGGUGGACAACAAUGGGAUGAUGGAACUUACGGCAUGGUAAGGGAAUUAAUUUUAUACUCCAGAUCAGUUAUUGAUUCCACCCAAGUUGUGGAUAAUGACCCUAUAUGUUUGCUUUUUUAAAAAAAAAAGAAAAUAAAAAAUAAAAGAAGAAGAAGAAGAAGAAGUUAAUAUUAUACUAUAUACUAAAAAUGCCAUUAUGAUUUAUUAUUUAUUUAUUAUUAUUAUUAUUAUUUUUUUUUUAAGUGUUAGAACUAUUUUUUAUCUUUCACUCAUUACAAACUCUCCACCUCCCUCCUAUCUCAUUUUAUUUUUUGUUCUCAUAAAAUUGUAUAUUUUGUUUGUA